UUUACUGUGUGGAUUAUGAGUUAAAGCGGCUGGAAAUAGUUUUGUAAACUCGUUGAAGUUGCCAUGGCUCCCUUUGGAAGGAAUUUUUUAAAAGCGCGCCUGAAAAAUAGGUCCUCCAAAAAAGAAAUGGAGUCUGAUGGGAAAGAGAUUCAAGUAUGGGUUUGCCAGGAAGAGAAGGUGGUUUCUGGUCUGACUAAACGUACAACCUGUUCUGACGUGGUCCAAGUCUUGCUAGAGGAACAUCAGACUACAGCAGGACACAAGAGCCUUCUGAUAGGAAGCCCCAGGGAAUACUGUCUUGUAGAAAGAUGGAGGGGUUUUGAGAGGGCCUUGCCUCCAUUAACCAGGAUCUUGAGGCUCUGGAAGGCCUGGGGAGAUGAAAAAGCAUAUCUACAGUUUGUUCUGGUAAAAACAGAUGUCUUUGUUCCCCAGCCAGGUUGGAGGUCAUCUGAGACCAAACAAACACAUACUAAAGAGAGACGAUGGAACCAAGGACCAGCACAAGACAUGAAGUCCAUGCCAGUGAAGAAGCAGAAGAAAAUGGUGAAAAGGGCAUUCAGGAAGUUAGAGAAGAUGAAGCAGGGGACUACACAACAAGAGAGGGAUGGUAUGGACAGCCUAAUCAAGCUAAUUAUAUCUCAAGACCACACCAUUAGGCAGCAAAUACAAAGAAUGAGAGAACUCGACCUGGAGAUUGAACAAAAUGAGUUGGAGUUGAGUACAGAAUGGGCAGAGACUAAUCGGGGAAAUUAUGUAAAAGAUGCUUAUUUUCCAACUCAUAACAAGAUCAAAAGCAGCCAGCAAGAUGUGAGUCAAUUCAAUGAGAAUCUUUACACCAGUGAUGGGAUUCUACAGCUAGAGGAACAACUUGAACAGCACAGGGAGCUUAUUCAAAAGCUGUCUGAUGACAUUGACAAAGAGAUAAAGAGUAUUUGGUUUCAGGAUGUAGAUGAUCCACAAGGGGCGGCAGCGAGUGCAGACUGUGACCAUGAGGAAGAAGACAAUGCUACAGAAUUAGAAAGCAUCAAAGUAGAGCUGGAGAGUAGUGUGUGCAAUGGCUUGGCAAUACACUCAGACCUUUCACAUGUUCAGAAAGAACUGAAACAAAAUGACAUGGUGCAACAGAACAGGAAACAGGAAUGUGAGCUUUUAGCAGCUCAGCUCAGUGCAUUGCACAUAAUGGACAAUGUGGAACAGCCCCAUUUUGUAAGUUUUAAAGACCAGACAAAUAGCAAUGCAAUACAAAGUAAGGUUUCACAGAUACUGUCCUGUACAGAAGUGAAUGAUACAGACUCAGAUACCGGAAUAAGCUCUACACACAGCCAGGACUCGUUGUCUCCUUGUGGGGAGAUGCCUCAUCCAUCCAUAUAGUUUGGCAAACCACAUAUCACAAAUAUUUGUAAAUUAAUGAUCAUUUAUUUUUUUAGACCAAUUGAGAAUUACAAUUAUUUUAGAACCCUGUUUUAAGGAUUUAAGUGUUCAUAAACAUUUCUCACAUAAAACGGUUGAAAAAGAUUUUCAUGAACAGCAAACUUGAUCAUAUAAAAAAGGACUGAACAAAACAUUUUGUGAAUAGGCCCUCACAUUCUUUAGGACCGGAUUACAAAAUAAAAAUAAUUUGCUUGUUUAUUAUGUAUGGAGAUAAACUGCAUUUACGAGUACCAAAUAAAACAGGAUAUACUGUAUAUGAAUGAAAAGUUAUCAUUUUUAACUCACCUUCUCCUUAUAAUCACAGACAUCCUCUAGGAUACCCACACUGUUUAUAGCUUCAUAACAAUAUACAAGAGUGGCCAAAAGUCUUGCAGCACCCUAUAGAAUGAAUUCAUUUUGCUUCCUAAAGUCGAAUGAAACCUGCUGAGUAAUGUUACGUUAACAUAUUGAAUUACAUACCGCUUUGUAGUUUUCCAUAUACUUAACGAAAAACUGACACAUUUAAAAAGUCUAACAUUAAAUACUGGUACUACUAUUAUGGCUUCCGGUAAACUUUUGUGUUGUCAUUUUGUAGUUUCUUUGAUUCAAUUAUGUUCAGAUAUUUUUUAUUAUUAUUAUGUCUUCAUCCUAAAAUUCUAGGUGAUGCUAAACUUUUGGCCAUAUCUGAAAGCCAUAUUUGCGGUCUGGUUUGUGAGGCUUACAGAAGAAUUCAUUUGGGCUAAAACGUUACGGCUUGGUGCUUCGUGAAACAUCGUCAAUAAUGUGAUUCAACGUUUACAUAAAUUGCUGCUAAACACCACGGAGCAGGUAGUUAUGAAAGAUAGCUUUUAAAAUGUGAUGAAGAUUUUAUUUGUUUACGUAUGCUUUAAAUUUUGCACCUUAAGUGUGUUUAUGCUUUAACGCCCAAUUUAAGCAAUUGCUUAUUCUAAAGUCGAGUUGUCUAACAAUACCUUUGCUACUCGCAUUCUAAAGGCACCUAGCCUGCAGCACCAUCAGCUGCUUUUCUUACCAUCCAUGGAGUCUUCCAGACUCAGUGGCUCUGACGAGAUAUGAUUGAUGCAUGUGUUGGCUAGCCAAGCUCACUUACCCCUAUCCCACAAUAUGCUGGCACUGUGGCUUCACAAUCAAACUGUCUAAUAAACUGCCUCCAUGCUGCAAGUAUAGAGUCCAUUCUAACAUGGAUGAGGCAUAUAAUUCUGUUAUUAGGUGCAAUUCUGCCAGAUCUGAAACAUUGUUUUACAGUAUAGAACUGAAAAACAUAAUUGAUGUCUUAGAAAUGGCUUUAUAGCUUGUUAAAAUCAUACCCAUACCUAGUCUAAUAUUUUUGUACAAAGCUUUCAUAGUGUUAGUUUUGUAAACUUGCAAAAAAAAAAAGUGCAGUGACUACUUAAUCCUGUUUAAAGAGUGCUAUAUUCUGUAAGCCUCACCUUGUGUAAAUUACUCAGAGUUUAGAUCACACUUGCUUCACCCAACCGCUGAUUAACAAGCACUUGCACUCUAGAUGUAAGCAAUUAUUGUCUAGAACCACUUUUGCGAAAUUUCUGCUACAAAAAGAAAUACUCAGCCGACAAAUCUCUAAAACAUGUACAGUAGUUAGCUCAAGUUCUUAAUCCUCUCUUUUGGUCCUGGUUUUGAAUUUCUUUUUUACUUUGACAUAUGCUUACUUUGACAACUUCAAUGUCCCCAGAAUAAAAUUACACAGCAAUACAUAUUUUCUUCAUCUAACUCGGUGGAAACAUUCAUUUGUCACGGUUCAGAUGUGGUAUGAUACCUGAGAGCAGUCAGCAUUAAAUUAAUGAUCUACCUUUUUAUUUUCCUACCCUAUAAUAUGAUUAGUAUCAAAACGAUGUUUCAAUAUUUCUAUUCAUACUGUAUAGUUAUGUGGGUAUGAAAAACCACUUACACAGAUUUAAGACCUCGCCCAAUUAUUGUAAUCACUUGUGUAAACUUGUAUAAAGGUAUAAUACUGUUUGGUCUUGUCAAUAUGUUUAACAGUAGUAUAACACAAAAGAGAUUACUCACUUUAAUAAGGCACUUAGGGGAAGGUGUACUCAAGUGUUGUGCCAGUCGCAAUAGUUGCAAACGAGUCAGAAGUCUUGGGUGAAAUGCACUAAACAAGCGCAAUGCUAUUUGUGACGUUUUAGGUAAUGCUUUGUGGCAGCAGUUUCUGUUUGCGGUUCAAACGUAGAUGAAUAUGUAAUUUUAGACAUUCGCAAAAAGGGGGUGCAAAUGAGGGUUCUCAAAUAUUAUAAUGAGAUGUACGAAAGCUGCAGGCAAUUGCAACACUUACAAUUGCAUCAAUUUGUUAAGAACAUUUGAAAGCAUGUUUUAAACCAUGGGUGCCCAAAGCGUGGCACGACAACCCCUUUAAUGCGGCCUGCAGCGUCUCUCCAAUUGAACCUUAUAUGUGGCUCGCAAUGAACUGAGCAGCUGCCAAGCACUUGAUUUCCAGUAGCCUUUACAGCAGAGGUGCCCAGAGCGGUUUGUUGAUAUUAAGCAACGUGCAUUAUUAUUAUUAUUUGUUUAUUUAGCAGAUGCCUUUAUCCAAGGCGACUUACAGAGACUAGGGUGUGUGAACUAUGCAUCAGCUGCAGAGUCACUUACAACUACGUCUCACCCGAAAGAUGGAGCACAAGGAGGUUAAGUGACUUGCUCAGGGUCACACAAUGAGUCAGUGACUGAGGUGGGAUUUGAACCGGGGACCUUCUGGUUACAAGCCCUUUUUUUUAACCACUGGACCACACAGCCUCCUAGGCAGGCAGGAGAGCAGGAUUGCGUAGGAACUCGCAUAAUAAUAUAUGAAUAUAUUUUUGCAUGUACUAUGCAUGACAAGACUGACACCGCGGUGUCUACAUGCAUGCCAGUUUGUGAGAUAAUAAUUUAUUAAGCUAAAAUAUUGAAAUAGUUAGAAACACAAAUAAAGACCUGUCAACUCUCCCUUAUUUGCUGGGACUUUCCUGUUUUUUGGACACUUCUCCGGGACAACUCCUCGGGACAGAUUUUCUCCCAUAUUUUACUCAAAACUCUUCUGUUAAAUCCCCUUAAUUUCUGCAAAAUUAAUGUUCGGUCUGGGUUACUGCAAUCCCUGUCUGUACAUAGCAGGCAUGCAUUCAGUGCAUGAGGCAAGCUCACAGGCUUUGCGUGCAAUCAGUCCUCAUAAAAUAUAUAUAUAUAUAUAUAUAUAUAUAUAUAUAUAUAUAUAUA